AUGGCAAACCCACUCGAUACCGAUGCGGGCUCGGAACUCUUCAGCACGUAUGAAGCCGAGCUGAGACUUGUCCAGGCAGAUGUGAAUCAGAAACUGGAUCAGAUCCCCGAACUCUCUGGGGAGGAGAGGAAAGUUGCGAUUCGAGGCGCAGAGAGGGCUCUCGAUGAAGCCAAGGAGCUGCUCGACCAGAUGAACCUGGAGAAAUCCAACAUCCCGACCUCCCAACGGAGCAAAGUCAACUCCCGCUUCCGCAACCAUCAGUCAGACAUCGACAUCCUACAACGGAAACUCAAAUCGCUCGCCGAAUCCGAGCGCAAGCAACUCUUCGGCGACAGAUACACAGACGACCCCGACGCCGGGCCCAGGGAUGCGCAGCUCGAACAGCGCCAGCAGCUCCUGUCCGGCACCGAGCGGCUGGGGCGCAGUUCAGAACGGUUAAGAGAGUCACAGCGGAUAGCGUUGGAGACGGAGCAGAUUGGGGCAUCUACUUUGGCAGAUCUCCACCAGCAGCGGAACGUCAUUGAAAACACACACCGGAAUCUAUUGCAGAGUGAAGGUUAUGUGGAUCGGAGUGUCAAGACCUUGAGGGGCAUGGCACGCAGGAUGGCUACGAACCGCGUGAUUACGAUCGCGAUCAUUACGGUGCUGGUGCUGCUUAUCAUCGGUGUAAUAUACAGCAAGUUCAAGUGA